AUGUUCUUCAGCGCAGAUAUCGUGAGCAACCUUAUCCUGGCGAUUGUCGCAUAUGCGGCCGUCAGGAUUGCGAUCCUGCUCAGAAAGAAGAAGCCGUAUCCAUUGCCGCCAGGACCAAAGCCUUGGCCAAUAUUGGGAAACAUUACUGAUAUGCCCAAGACUGGUGUCCGGGAAUGGGAGUUCUGGCUCAAACACAAAGACAUUUAUGGACCAAUCAGUUCCGUCACCGCCCUUGGAACCACGAUUGUCGUGCUGAAUUCACCUGACGUGGCAUACGAGCUGUUGGAUAAGCGAUCUUUGAUUUAUUCAUCGAGGCCUAAUUUGAUCUUUGGAAACGAAAUGUGCGGCUGGGAAGACCUUCUCGCGACCCAGACCUACAAUGAACGCUUCCGAUCGUAUCGAAGACCGAUUCACGCCUUAGUGGGAACAAAAGCAGGCGUAUUGCGAUACAAUGAUCUCCAGGAGGUUGAGGUGCAUCGGUUCCUGCUUCGGGUUCUUAACAAUCCGACCAAUCUACUGGAUCAUAUUAGGACCGAGGCUGGAGCAAUAAUCCUGAAGAUGGCUUAUGGUUACACGAUCGAGCCGCAUAAGCGAGACCCGCUGGUGGAUAUAGCCGACGCGGCGCUCUUACAGUUCUCGGCGGCCACCGUUCCGGGUGCCUGGUUGGUCGACACUAUCCCCCUAUUGAGACACCUUCCCCAAUGGGCGCCAGGGGCUGAGUUCCAAAAGACCGCAGUCAAGUGGAAGGCUACUCUGACGGAACUCGCUGAGAGGCCGAUGCAAUUCGUCAGGAAGCAGAUGAAGGAGCAGCAUUACGAGCCGUCUUACGUGUCUGCGCUUUACGAGAAGGCCGACGGCAACUUCAGUGCCGAGGAGGAACAUGUCUUUAAAUUCAGCGCAGCGUCCUUGUACACAGGGGGUGCUGACACGGUAAAACCUCUUGAGCCGCCGCUUUGGUUUCGGCCUGCUAAUCUUUUAUCGCAGUCGGUUAGUUCCAUGGCCACCUUCUUCCUGGCAAUGAUGCUGCACCCCGAAGUGCAGCGUAAGGCGAGGGAGGAGAUCGACCGUGUGGUGGGGGACGGACGUCUCCCGAAUGUAAAGGACCGCGACAGUCUCCCGUACGUCGAGGCUGUUCUCAAGGAGGUGUUUCGCUGGCAUCCAAUUGCGCCCAUGGGGCUCCCGCACGAGAUCACCGAGGACGAUGUCUAUCAAAGUUACUUGAUACCGAAGGGAGCCAUUAUUAUUCCCAACAUCUGGUGGUUCGCACAUGACCCGUCCGUAUACCCGAAUCCCGAAGUCUUUGACCCCUCACGAUUUCUUGGACCCACUCCUGCACCAGACCCGUACGACUACGUCUUCGGGUUCGGCCGGCGUGCCUGCCCUGGAAAGAUGCUCGCAGAUGCAUCCGUGUGGCUGACGCUCUCCCGGUCGUUGGCCGUGUUCGAUAUCUCAAAAUCCCGGGAUGACGCCGGCAACGAGAUUGAGCCGGCCGUGAAGUUCUCACCAGGGAUCCUUAGCCACCCCGAACCAUUCCAGGCAAGCGUCAGGCCUAGGAGCUCUAAGCAUGAGGACUUGAUUCGCCAGAUUGAGAGAACGCACCCCUGGGAGAAGGGCAGUUCGAGUGAGCUUGAUCCUCUGGCUGUUUAA